UCGGUGCCUGUCCUGAGUUCCAGAAAGUUGUCUCCCGCAAAUGCCAGUGGCACCAUGAAGUCCAAUCCUGCCAUCCAAGCUGCCAUUGACCUCACCGCAGGAGCCGCAGGGGGAACAGCAUGUGUACUGACCGGACAGCCCUUUGACACAAUGAAGGUGAAGAUGCAGACGUUCCCUGACCUGUAUCGGGGCCUCACUGACUGCUGCCUGAAGACCUACUCCCAGGUGGGCCUCCGUGGUUUCUACAAGGGCACCAGCCCGGCGCUGAUCGCCAACAUAGCCGAGAACUCGGUGCUCUUCAUGUGCUAUGGCUUCUGCCAGCAGGUGGUGUGGAAAGUGGUUGGAUUGGACAGGCAGGCGAAGCUGAGUGAUCUGUAGAAUGCGGCCGCCGGGUCCUUUGCCUCUGCCUUUGCUGCCUUGGUGCUCUGCCCUACAGAACUCGUGAAGUGCCGGCUCCAGACCAUGUUUGAGAUGGAGACAUCGGGAAAGAUAGCCAAAAGCCAGAAUACAGUUUGGUCUGUGGUGAAGAGCAUCCUUAAGAAAGAUGGUCCCUUGGGCUUCUACCAUGGCCUUUCAAGCACUCUACUUCGAGAAGUACCAGGCUAUUUCUUCUUCUUUGGUGGUUAUGAACUAAGCCGGUCAGGUUUUGCAUCGGGAAGAUCAAAAGAUGAAUUAGGCCCUGUGCCUUUGAUGCUAAGUGGCGGAAUUGGUGGAAUUUGCCUAUGGCUUGCUGUCUACCCAGUGGAUUGUAUCAAAUCUAGAAUUCAAGUGCUUUCCAUGUCUGGAAAGCAGGCAGGGUUUGUUGGAACCUUUCUUAGUGUUUUGAAAACCGAAGGAAUAACAGCCUUAUAUUCUGGAUUGAAACCUACUAUGAUUCGAGCAUUCCCUGCCAAUGGCUCACUAUUUUUGGCAUAUGAAUACAGCAGGAAGUUGAUGAUGAGCCAGCUGGAAGCCUACUGAAGUGUCCUGGUGGGUCUGGAUCCAAGCACAGACAUUUAAGAACUACUGUUCAUCUCAGGGUUUCAUGGAGUAUGGUAAAAAUGUCUAAUUACUUU